AUGGCACCACAAUAUGGACAUGGAGCUCGACGCACCGCCCAUCACAUUACUCACGCCCAUGGUGGAGCGCCGCACCACAUCUCGUCUGCCAACAGCUCUCAGCUCGGUCACCAAGAUUAUCGCACAGUGACCAGACGAGACAGAAAUGGUGCCAGGGAGACGGAACGCAAGCGAGACCCUCAGAAACGCCGCUUAGAAGCUUCGAUUCCACGCAUCCCAAGUCCAAAAGUUCCAACAAACCAACCUACGCGUCUUGUUGACCGCAUGACGUAUGACCGCAGCGGCGAGGUCCAAGACCCUAUCGGCCGUGGUAGUGGAGGCGGUCUGUCGCCUCUUUCUCAACAUGAGCGUAGACUUCAAGACCGCAUCACACGCGACGACGACUUCGGCUGCGAUAGUGGCCUGGUGCAGUCAGCUUCCCGGCACCACGAUUACCAAGGCCGUGGUAUACGCAGCAAUUCUGAAGAUGCUGACAACGGCAUGAACGUGAACAAUAAAAUCAUCAACUCUUACGAUAUCUUCGCCCCCAAUCCCCUUCUCACCAUACCUGCAAAUACACCGCGUGCAAGCUGGCAGCCGCUCAACACCAAGCCCGUCCAGUACGGCUCUAUUCACCACCUUCCCUCAGAUUCAUAUAUACAAUGGCCACGUCCUGUUCAGCCAGCUACAAGGCCUGAGCCAAUCCGACUGCUCAACUUGUGCAUAUCCCAUGAGCAGGCUACCAGCCCCAAAGCCACUCCUGCAACAGUACCACCUCCAACAGCUACAAGAAAGACCAUCACAGAGCCUAAGCGACGGCUGAGCCCAUACAAGGGGAACGACGUAGUCAAGAGGCUUGUACAGAACAGGAAGCUCCAGCUUCUGCUAUCAGGCAAACCCAUGCCGAAGCCGAGGAAGGCGGCUGAUCGGAUGGUUCUCAAGUGUGCGGGUCGGAAGGAGAUUCGUUAG